AUGCUGUCUUCCAAAUCACUCUGUGCGGCCACUCAAGCGCUGAGAUGCCCUGGAUUCAAACCCCAGACAUGCCUGCAGAGAAGAGUUUCUACCUCACCUGUCCUCGCAAAGGGCGCAGCUGGGAAAGGAGCAAAUGCUCUUCUACUGAACAAGCAGAGCGGCCUGGGCUUCGCAAAGUCGAAUGCCCUUCCGCCAAAGCCACGGAAGAAAGGAGUGACCGAGAUUCGAGGACCUUACUAUGCGGUGAUGGGAAAGAGAUACCUCUCUGAUAUAUUCGAGACGAUGGGCGACUAUGUCGACGGCCUCAAGUUCUCAGGAGGAUCAUUCUCUCUCUUCCAUGAGGACAAGUUAAGAGAGCUGAUUGAUAUUGCUCAUGAGAACGGUGCUUAUGUUUCAACCGGUGGAUGGGCAGAGCAUCUCCUAACUCACCCAGAUAAUACCACAAUUAUGGAUAAAUACUUCCAAAAGUGCAAAGAUCUCGGGUUCGAUGUCGUUGAAUUAUCUGCUGGUUUCCUUUCGAUUCCGGAAGAUGACUGGUUACGACUUGUCGAGAGAGUCCAGUCGUACGGCUUGAAACCAAAGCCAGAGCUGGGAAUCCAGUUCGGUGCCGGAGGAGGCACGUAUUCCCACACCGAGACCAGUGAGCUCGAAGCAAUAGGCACAAGUGACCCUGGGAAACUUAUCAACCUGGGCAAAAAGUUCCUCGACGCUGGUGUUGAGCGUCUCAUGAUUGAAAGCGAAGGCAUAACUGAAAAUGUCAGUGAAUGGAGAACAGAUGUCGUUUCACAGAUCAUGAAGGAGCUGCCUCAGGAAAGGGUUAUGUUUGAAGCGGCCGACCCGAAGGUGUUCAGUUGGUAUAUUCGUGAAUUCGGCAUUGACGUCAAUCUCUUCGUUGAUAAUUCACAGAUCGUCCAGCUGAGCUGUUUGAGAAGGGGUAUCUGGGGCACCGCAGACACCUGGGGUAAAAUCGUCUCAUAUAGACCUGAGGAGUGA